AAAGAGUAAAACAACAACAAAUCAUUAAACAAACAGUAUAAAAAAAGCUUUUAUCUGGCAGCGAUUGCUGUGAUCCAACAAGUAAUUCGUGUACUAUUUAUAGAAGAGCUUAUCGAAAGGCCCAAACAUCCUAUUUUGAAAAUACAUUUUGUUUUCUCGUUUGAGCCUAUGCAUAAACACGGUACUUUUCCUAUAAGCGUUAGCAGUUUGAAUUUUCGCGCCGCGUCGACUGUUUUGACGUGUAGUUGAGGCUGACACCUGUUCAAGGUAAAACCAAGAUGUCAGUGUAAUGAAUCCGUCUCUUGGGGCAAACAAAAGGAGAAAAUAGACUUUAAACCGCACGGAUAUGUGAUUGAGCAAUCCCAUUUCUACGGGAAUCCAGUAAUUUGCUAGUAUUUAUGUUCUAUACACCUUUACAUCAUGAACAAAGAAGAUGACAUUUCCUGGUACCAUGGAGACCAGUCCAGACAAGAGGCUGAAACCUUACUCCUAGAAGAAGGGAAUGUUGAUGGGUCUUUCCUUGUGCGACAGAGUUGCUCCUCUCAGGGUGACUUUGCUGUCUCUGUACUCAAUAACAAUACAGUGGAUCACUUCCAGAUUCACAAACAUGCUGAGGAUGCAUUUUUCUCAAUUUUUCCUAAUACGAAGAUACAUGGACUGGAGUGUUUAAUUGAACAUUAUCAAAAGAGUCCUAAUGGUAUUAAUGGAGUGUUACUGACAGUACCUAUUAAGGGAGUUAAACCUCCUCACAACACUCGCAGGCAUGGUGCAACCAAUCUUUUGCAUCGAGCCACUAGAGAGGGAAAUCUCAGGAUUGUUUCAGAAGUGCUCAAAACUGGCUACAACCAUGAUGCCAAAAACGAAAAUGGACAAACUGCAGUGCACAUUGCUAGCAUGCAUGGCAACAAUGAUAUUCUUACCACACUCAUUGAUUAUGGGGCGAAUGUUAACUCGAUAGAUAUGGCUGCCUACACACCUUUGCAUUAUGCCUGUCAAAAUAAUUUAGUCAGCACUGUGAAGUUGUUGAUUAGAGUGGGUAAUGCUAAUAUUCAAGCAAGGAAUACAGAGAACGGUUGGGUUCCUUUACACGAGGCUGCUAAUGGUGGUCACAAGGAAGUAAUCCUGGAACUGUUGAGCUUGAAUGCUCCAGUUAAGCCCAGGACUAAGAAUAACGAGUUACCAGCGGAUUUGGCCAGAGCGAAUGGCCAUUUAGAAUGCGCUAAGAUAUUGGAAGAGUACAAGACUCCAACUCCGAACACGGAUAAGAAAUUCUGGUACCAUGGUACUUUGAACCGAGUUGAAGCUGAGAACUACAUCAAAGCGUCUAGAGCUGAAAAUGGGACAUUCUUAGUCAGAUAUAGCAAUAGGAACAAAGCAAAUGUAUUAACUGUCAUCAAUCAAGGGGAGUACUUUAAUUACAUAGUGAAAACGGAAGGCACUUAUCAUUUCAUCGACGAUGGGCCAUACCUUGAAUCCUUAGAGCAUUUAGUGGAUCAUUACAGCCGCCUUGCUUAUGGUCUUCCAACGAUCCUGCAGUUUCCCGUUCGUCCGACUCCGAAACCACCAUUACCAGAGUGCAAGACGAUUCCCAGACAAAAGAAGAAGACGCAGAUUCCGAGCACCUCAAACACAAUGAACACCGUCAAUUCAAUUCCGAAUCAUAUAUUUAAUAUUACAUUUAAGAGCAAUUUGGAACUUAGCGAAAAUAGAAUUAAUAACAACAACGAAGAGACCCAAGACUAUAUACCAAAAGAUCGGAUUGAGUUGGAUUGGAUUUUGGGCGAGGGUGAGUUUGGGUCGGUGUAUAAGGGCAAGUAUCAGCAGCCGAACGGCGAGAAGAUCGACGUGGCUAUAAAAACGUUGCGCAAUGAUCAGCUCAAGGAAAAUCGCGAGUCUUUCUUGAGGGAAGCCAAGGUGAUGAUGCAGCUCGACCACGAGAACAUUGUCAAGUUAAUCGGCGUCUCUCUUGGAAGCCCUCUAUACAUGGUGCAGGAGCUGAUGAAGUAUGACUGUAUGUUGCAUUACAUAACGACAAAGAGGGAGGAAGUUAAUCCCGAGGUGGAUUUCAUCAUUUGGGCUGCGCAAAUUGCUCAUGGCAUGCAGUAUUUGGAGAAGCAGAGGUUUGUUCACCGCGAUUUAGCCGCCAGAAACAUACUUUUAGCGUCAGCUAAAAAGGCCAAGAUUAGUGAUUUUGGAUUAUCCAGGGCUUUAGGCGCUGACCACCAAUAUUACACAGCUAAGACGGGUGGUAAAUGGCCUUUGAAAUGGUACGCUCCGGAAUCCUACAACUAUGGCAAUUUCUCGCACAAAAGUGAUGUCUGGAGCUUUGGAGUUACAAUAUGGGAGAUGUAUUCUUUCGGGGAACACCCGUAUGGCGAACAGAAAGGAGCAGAGGCAAUCCAAGCGAUUACACGCGGUGAACGAUUGGAACAGCCGGAGAAAUGCCCAAAUCACAUUUACAAAAUAAUGCGUUCCUGCUGGGAAUACGAAGCGGAGAAACGUCCGACCUUUGCAAACCUCUAUGAAUUAUUUUCAAGUGAUAGUCAUUAUAUUAAUAUCAAAGAAUUGAUUACCGAAAGGAAUCACUGAAUGAUGCGUUUUAUAUUAUAAUUGAUAACUAAACAGUUAUUAUUAUUAUUUAUAAUUUUAUUUUCUAUUUUUAUUAAGAAUAUUUAUUCAACUGUUAGAAGCAUUGUUUAACGAGUGUUCUUUGAUGUUACAGUGCCAAAAUCUAAUUCAUUCCAAACUGUUUUUGUACAAACAAAUGUGCCUUUCAGAUUAUAUAUGUAUAGUAUAUAUUAUUAAUAUUUGCGCGAGUCGCGCGAGAUUUGAGACAAUUAUGUGAACGAAACUGGUAUGAUACAAAAAACAGUAUAUUUUGUAUUUACAUUGAAAACGUUUUUGUACAAAGAAAUGUGCCUUUCAGAUUAUAUAUGUAUAAUAUAUAUUAUUAAUACCUGCGGGAGUUGCGCGAGAUUUGAGACAAAUAUGUGAACGAAACUGGUAUGAUACAAAAAACAGUUUAUUUUAUAUUUACAUUGAAAA